AUGGGAAACUUCAAUACCAAGGACGGGCUCCUCUCUGAAGGUCUGGCGGGGAGGCUGCUCGAGGAAAGGGAGGAGCUGCUGGCGGAGGUCAAGAGUCUGAAAGAAACUAUCAGGAAUGUUGACAUCACCAACUUCAGCAGCAGCUGGGCGGAUGGCCUGGCUUUCUGUGCUCUUUAUCACACCUACCUGCCGGGACACAUCGCCUACAGCAGCCUGAGCCCCGCAGACCCGAGAGAGAAUCUGAAGCUCGCUUUCAGAACGGGGUUCAGCGUGGGGGUCCCCUCGUCUCUGACUGUGGAAGAGAUGCUGAGCACAGGAGGUCCAGACUGGCAGAGGGUGCUGGAAUACGUGGAGAGCAUCUACAGGCACUUUGAGAUGUGACCCCUUCACCAGACUGCGCUGCCCUCUCCUACAGCAGCAAUGGCUGUACUUGUGGGUUAUCUAAUGAGCACAGGCCUCGACAGACUGAGUCGGACCACGUGGGCAGACCGAUUUUUCCCUCCUCCCAACUCCAGCUGGGCAACACGCGCACCAGUCGUCCUCUAGUAACAUCUCAUCCCUCACCAAGACAUGAAUUGCCCACCCUCGGAUCUGGUGUCCUUCAUCUCCUUCCUUGAGUUUCCAAACCAGGGGUUACGCAACACGUGCCACGCUUUCCAAGUGUGGCCAUCCAGGCUUCAUCGCUCUUGAACAGAGCGAUCAACAGGCGGGGCCCAAGAUCAGCUGUGAGCACAGAGUCACGGGCUAAACCGCCUCGGGGAAGACGAGGGUCUGUCUGCGGUUGUGCGAUGAGGGAUAUGCAGCUGUUGCGCAGCUCAGAGGAUGAGGUCUGUAUGUACUGAGAACGUGAGCCUUGGUUUUCCAGCCAUUGGCCAUCAAAAGGCUUCGGAGCUCUAGAGCUCUUAUUCUUUGUGGACAUUUACCUCGCAAACAGCAGUCGAGUUCCUGAGGUCAGGCCCCACCGGUACGAGGAGAACACGUUCAGUUUGUCUGCAGGGCACAGACUGUUGAGAUGACUGGGGCCAUUUUCAGCAUCAUUUCCACCAGGGGGCAGACUCUGCACAGUGUAAGUGUGGCCCCUUAUUGGUAAGCAAAGGUUUCUACAUCAGCAUUAGGCUUCAUAUGGUUUUAAUUUUCUUAAAUGUGAGUAUUUUGUAAUCACUUUCACCCUGAAAUAAAAAUGGAUAAAUCUUAAA